CAACUAGAUAAUUCCCCUUUGAGUUGAAUGAGUGGAGAAUGGAUACGGACUGAAAUCUGGAUUACAAAGCGAACAAAUUGAGUGUGAGCAACCCAUUGGGCAUCACUGAGCGAGCAUCACAACGAAGAUGCAAGAAUGACUCAAUCUCAUCUAAAUGAGUUCAUUCCUCCCCCGGAGUGUCCUGUUUUUGAGCCGAGUUGGGAGGAAUUUGCUGAUCCUUUUGCCUACAUCAACAAAAUACGACCCAUUGCAGAGAAAACUGGCAUCUGUAAAGUCCGACCGCCACCGGAAUGGCAGCCACCAUUUGCCUGUGAUGUUGAAAGAUUGAAAUUCACACCACGAAUUCAAAGGCUCAAUGAGUUAGAGGCUCAGACGAGAGUGAAACUGAACUUUCUGGAUCAAAUAGCAAAGUUUUGGGAGCUUCAAGGAUGCACUCUGAAAAUUCCUCACUUGGAAAGAAAGAGUUUAGAUCUCUACCAGCUCAACAAGCUGGUGAAUGACGAGGGAGGUUUCGAUGCCGUCUGCAGAGAGCGGCGCUGGACUAAAAUCUCCGUCAAGAUGGGCUUUGCUCCAGGCAGGGCGGUGGGCUCUCAUCUGCGGGCGCACUAUGAGCGAAUCCUCUACCCCUAUAACCUCUUCCAGACCGGAGACAAUCAGCCUAGAGCCACUUUGACCAACGACACUAAGGAUAAGGUGUACACCCCACAUGACCUGCCGCAGCGUCAGUCUGUGCAGCCUCAGGAGAUAUGCAGCAUCGCUCGCCGUGCAAAACGGAUGAGAGCUGAACGAGGCUACUUUAAAAGCGAAGCCGGGGAGGUGCGCAAAAAUCGUCCAAAUCUCAGGAGGAGAAUGGGAACGUAUGUUGCCAAGCCAGAGCCUGUGAGCAUGUCGGUGAAAGAGGAGACUGGGGAAUAUUCGAUUACAGAAAGUUGUGAAGAAUAUGUUUUAAAUAACAAUAAAAAUGGUACAACGAGUAAAGUGGAGCAAUACAUGUGCCUCGUGUGUCACAAUGGAAACGAGGAGGACCGCCUGUUAUUGUGUGAUGGCUGUGAUGACAGCUAUCACAUUUUCUGUCUCAUCCCCCCGCUACAUGAAGUUCCCAAAGGAGACUGGAGAUGCCCCAAGUGCCUAGCGCAGGAAUGCGGCAAACCUCAGGUCGCUUUUGGCUUCGAGCAGGCCAGCAGGAGCUACACCUUGCAAACCUUUGGAGACAUGGCUGAUUCCUUUAAGUCGGAUUAUUUCAACAUGCCAGUUCACAUGGUUCCGACUGAGUUGGUGGAGAAGGAGUUUUGGCGUCUAGUCAGCACCAUUGAAGAGGACGUGACUGUAGAAUAUGGAGCAGACAUUGCCUCCAAGGAGUUUGGGAGUGGUUUCCCUGUGAAGAACGGCCAUUUUGAAGUGUCUCCUGAGGACGAGCAUUACCUAACAAGUGGCUGGAAUCUUAACAACAUGCCUGUGCUGGAUGCCUCAGUGCUGACUCACAUUACAGCCGACAUCUGCGGAAUGAAGUUACCCUGGCUGUAUGUGGGCAUGUGCUUCUCCUCCUUCUGCUGGCAUAUUGAGGACCACUGGAGCUACUCCAUCAACUACCUUCACUGGGGUGAGCCAAAGACCUGGUAUGGGGCACCAUCUUAUGCUGCAGAGCACUUGGAGGGGGUCAUGAAAAAACUAGCUCCUGAACUAUUUGAGUCUCAGGCAGACCUCCUUCAUCAACUCGUUACCAUCAUGAAUCCCAACACGCUGAUGAACAACGGCGUCCCGAUCUAUCGCACAAACCAAUGUGCAGGAGAGUUUGUCAUCACCUUCCCCAGAGCGUACCACAGUGGGUUUAACCAAGGUUUCAACUUUGCUGAAGCGGUCAACUUCUGCACCAUGGAUUGGAUGCCUGUUGGCCGAGGCUGUGUGAAACACUACCGCCAGUUGAACCGCUAUUGCGUCUUCUCCCACGACGAGAUGGUCUGCAACAUGGCCUUCAAGGCAGAUACAUUAGAUGUGGAAUUGGCUUCCGCCGUGCAGAAGGAGAUGGAUGCCAUGGUCCAAGAAGAAGAGGAACUUCGAGAGAAGAUUAACAAAAUGGGUGUGGUGCAAACACGGCAAGUAGAUUAUGAGCUGCUCCCUGAUGAGGAGCGUCAAUGCUGCAAGUGUUGGACCACUUGCUAUUUGUCUGGCAUUACUUGUGCCUGCAGACCCGGCAAGGUGGUCUGCCUGUACCACGUCCAGGACCUGUGCUCCUGUCCACUUGACAACCUAAUACUCGAUUACAAAUUUACACUGGAUGAAUUAUACCCCAUGAUGGCAGCGGUGAAGCUGCGUGCAGAGUCCUAUAAGGAGUGGCUGUGUGCUGUGCAGGGCAUUCUGGAGAAGAAAGAAAACCACAAAAGAGGUCUGGAAGAGCUUCACAACCUGGUCGAGCAGGCCGAGACAAAAGGCUUCCCACAAACCACCCUCUUGGACCAGCUGCGCGCUGUUGCUGUCGAAGCUAAUAAAGUCGCUGUGGUGGCCCAACAACUUCUCAAUGGGAAGAGGCAGACGAGGUAUCGUGCUUGCGGAGGGAAGUCUCAAAGCCAGAAUGAGUUGACCGUGGAGGAGCUGCGAUCCUUUGUCCAACAGUUGGACAGCCUGCCAUGUAACAUCAGACAAGGACCUUUACUGAAGGACCUGCUGACAAGGGUUGACGAAUUCCAACAGCGCAGCGAAAGGCUCCUCUCUGAUGAUUGUCCCAACUCGGUCGAGCUUCAGGAACUGCUUGAUCUGAGCCUGGGCCUUGAUGUCGAGCUGCCCCAGCUGCCUCUGCUCAGGGAGAGACUAGAGCAGGCCCGUUGGCUGGAGAGCGUGAAGCAAGCCAACAGCAGGCCUGACGACCUCUGCCUGGACACCAUGAGGAGGCUGAUCGACCAAGGGGUGGGUUUAGCCCCUCACAGCUCUGUGGAAAGAGCCAUGGCUCGUCUGCAAGAGCUCCUGACGGUGUCUGAGCAAUUGGAGGAGCGAAUGCUCGGCCUCAUGAAAGCCAGUCCGUAUCACAGUAUAGAAACACUUGAUGCUGCUUCAAAAGAAAUGGAAACUAUUCCCGCGUAUCUGCCAAACUGCCUGCAACUGAAGGAUGCUGUGGCCAAGGCCAAGAAAUGGCUUCAUGAAGCUGAAGCCCUCCAGCUCGGGGGACGUAUUCCCGUGCUAGAAAACCUCUCUGAGCUGGUUCUCAGAGCAGAGGGUAUCCCAGUGAGACUCGACCCUCUCAGUCGAUUGGAAGCUCUGGUCAGUGACGUGCAAGCCUGGAAGGAAAGCGCAACAAAAACGUUCCUGCUCAAAAAUUCACCCUUUUCUCUUUUGGAGGUACUGUGCCCGAGAUGUGACAUAGGAGCUGGGCUUCAUGGAUCAAGACAUAGAAAAACAAAAGAGGGAACACAUAUCAGUAAGAGAUCCCCCGUAAAGCUGGACUCGCUCUACGAUGUGGAAAAAGCACUUUCGGAAAGCAAAAACUCCGCCUCUGCUAUGGCCACCCUUGAUGACGUCCGCGACAAAGAAAUGGAGACCUUGUUGGCUCUGAGGGCUUCAAACGAAUCCAAGCUCCUUUCUGCUGAGAACUGUGGUGCACUUAGUGUUUGUGUUUGCCAUAAGGCGCCGUCAGGGGCCAUGGUGCAAUGUGAGCUCUGUCGGGAGCUUUUCCACAGCGGGUGCGUUGUAGCAAGCGCGGACCUCAAAUACGGCCAAGUCUGGCUUUGCCCCUUUUGCCAGCGUUCAAGGAAGCCACCCCUGGACAAGGUCUUGCCCCUGCUGGCGUCACUGCAGAGGAUCCGGGUCCGACUGCCCGAGGGAGACGCGUUGCGCUUCCUCAUCGAGCGGACGGUGCAAUGGCAGCACAGAGUUCAGCAGGCCUGUACGGAUGGGCUGCUAGAGGAAGUGUCAAAGGCAAAGUACAGAUCAAGAGUAUCGCCAAAGAAUGGCGUUUUUUACACGGAACACCAGUGUGUUCCUGUCCAGGGACCUGGCCCAGAGCUGGAGGAGCUGAUGGUGGAGGGGUUCCUACUGCAAGUCACACUUCCAGAGACCGAGCAGCUGUACACAUACCUUCUGUACAAACUGGCUCCUAUGCCCACUCACAAACCCAACUGUAGAAAAAGUGCAGAAGAUGACGAGCUGCAGAGAACAAAACACCACAAAAAGAGUGGAGGCUCGAAUCACAAUAAAGAGGCACUGAGCAUUCAGAGCAAAAGGACCAAGCGACGCAAGGAAAGCUCUGAUUCUCAGCACUCUGGGAAGGCCAAGAGGUGUUGCAAAAAGAAGUCUAAGAGGAGACAUGACCGGAGUGAAGAAAGGAGGAGGAGUUGCUCCCCCAUGCACAGAGCGUCAGAACCCUCCGCAUCUGCGUCCGAUUCGGAUGAGGACUACUCGUUGUGCGCCGCGCCGUGGUGCAGGGAGCCGGAAGGAGAUGAGUUAAACUGGGUCCAAUGUGAUGGCAGCUGCAAUCAGUGGUUCCACCAAGUCUGCGUGGGACUGUCUGCGGAGCGUGCAGAGAUGGAAGACUAUAUUUGCAUAAGCUGCACACAGCCAGACUUUGACAGAGGGGACUAAAGACCAAAAAGUGACUUUUUGAAGGAUCCGCAGUUGAUUUACAGCACGCAGCACUCGAAGUGCACAGCCGAACUCUGCACCCUUUCCCUUGUGGCUUGCCCUUAGUGAACACGGUGCUAAUCACUCGUCUCCUGCGUUACAACAGACUCGUGUCACUGUUUUUGCCAUGUGGCUGCUUCUUCAGCCAAUCCACUCCAAAACGUUCCAGGAUGAACAGCGCAGGGACUUUUUUUUUAUCCAAAAGUCAAUUGAAGUCACGUCUGUUUUUUUUUCCCCAGCAUGCAUCUAAACAACGUGAAAUUUCACCUGGAGAGGAAAUACUAUUCAUCAAAGCAAUAACCGAACUCAUUAAUUCCAGUUCAGUUUCAACUCAGCUCAGAAAUCCCAAUAGAAUGAAUGCCUUCUUGAAUUGAAACCCUGCUAAGACUUCACCUCUUGAAUCUGAUGUUACAAAACAGGUCAGGUGAAAAGUUGUGAACACAAAAGUUAGGAAAGCUCCCAGAGAUGCGAUUUGUUUGGGGGGGUUGAUUAUUCACCGUUGUCCCUUUACAAGUUCUCAGAUAUGAUUUAAAGUUAGUCACAUUUUUUUGGGGAUGGGGUGAUGUACUAGGGAGAAUUUUUUUUGUUCUGUUUUUUUUUUUUUUUUUUUUUGUCAACGUUCCAUGAGAAUUGAUGUUCACAAAGUGAGAAUGAACUGUCCGACAUCCAAGGAAUGUACAUUUUCUUUUUAGGGUGCAGCUUUCCUGUAAGAUUUAGGUUGAACAUAUUGUGUUGGAUUUAGAUUUAACACAGAUUGUGUGAUUUAUUCGCCACGGGUAUGACCUUUUUCUGCUCCUUUGGCUAAAUAAUAUAAUUCAUAUGUUGCAGUUUGCAAUUUUAAAUAAUUUAAAAAGUUUUUUUUUUCCCAAAUGGCUGGACUUGUUGAACUUCUCAUCUAUAUCCUACUUAGUUUCCUAUAAAUGGUUCUAUGAAAUAAAAAUUCUGUGAUUACAGUACUACUUUAAA